CGGCAUGCAUUGCAGUGCCCACGUAUGCAAACAGGAACAUGGCUGCCGGUGUUUGACACAGCACUGCAGUCCAUUUAUUCUUCAUUUCUGUCGGCCCUCCGAAGAGUCUCCUCCAGUUCAACUGUACGUUUCCAGCGAAACAACAACGUCUGUGGAUGUGUUGUAUGUUCGCUCUCUGAAACGCACCGUUUAGUUUUUUGGGGGCCACGCAAACAGUGAGUCAACAUGGCGAGUCCAAGGACCAGAAGAGUUUUGAAGGAAGUUAGAACCCAAGAAGAAAAUAAUCUGUGCUUUGAGUGCGGGGCCUUCAACCCCCAGUGGGUAAGCGUGACCUACGGGAUCUGGAUCUGUUUGGAAUGCUCUGGAAAACACAGGGGCCUGGGAGUUCAUCUCAGUUUUGUGCGUUCUGUCACCAUGGACAAGUGGAAAGAUAUUGAGCUUGAGAAGAUGAAAGCAGGCGGGAAUGGCAAAUUCCAUUUGUUUCUGGAACUCCAAGAUGAUUACAAUCCCAAUUGGACUUUGCAGGAGAAGUAUAACAGCCGAGCUGCUGCGCUCUUCAGGGACAAGGUUGCAACUUUAGCAGAAGGAAAGGAGUGGUCUUUAGAGACAUCAUCUGCCAAAAAUUGGACAUCACCUCAACCUAAGACCAGCUUUUCAUCCUCCCAUCGGUCUGGAGGGCCUGGAGCGACCUCUGCCAAAUCUGGUGAUAAAGCUUUUGAAGACUGGCUUAGUGAUGAUGUCAACUCUUAUCAGAGUGGAGGGGGUUACAGCGGGAAUCAGGAGAACCGAUAUGUUGGCUUUGGCAACACGGUGUCUCCGGAGAAGAAGGAGGAGGACUUCCUCAACAAUGCUAUGUCCUCCAUUUAUUCAGGUUGGAGCAGCUUCACUGUCGGGGCGACUAAGUUUGCAUCUAUUGCAAAAGAUAACACGUCGAAAUUGGCAAAUCAAGCCACUUUGAAGUUAAGGGGUUAUAAGGCGCCCCCAGAACCGGCCACAGAGUUAGGACAGACUAUAAAUGAGAAUGUUAUCAAACCUACCCAAGAAAAGGUGAAAGAUGGCAAAUUGCUAGAUGAAAUGACAGUCGGCAUCACUGGCUUGGCAAACAAGGUUCAGGGAGCUGGUGCCAAACUGACCAACAUUUUCUCUGGAAAAUCCGAAGAUGGGGCCACUGGAGAUAGCUACCAGAACAUGGAUGCUGGCGAGGGAUAUCAGGGCAGCUCCAGUGAGCCCGUGUCAAAGGACUUCUGGGAAACGUUUGGGAGCAACAACUCCUUAAAGGCCAAGAAAUCUCCAAGCAGCGACAGCUGGACCGUUGCAGAUCAUUCUGCCAAGAAGAGCUCUGACAGUUGGGACAAUUGGGGCUCGGAUGCCGCGUCCAACAACAAACACAGCACAGAGGAGAGCUGGGAGGCCUGGGACAACAACUGGGAGAAUGCAGACGGUAAGACCAAGAAGAGUCCCACAAAACCUGCUGAGGAAGCCUGGGGUGCCGCAGACUGGUAAUCAUCUCUCCUAGUUGACCUCUUCUCCUCUUUCCCUCUUGUCCUCUCUUUCGCUCUUCAUCCCACGGGCACAGGAACUCACUUUCUGUCACAUCUAUUCUCAUCGUCUAUGUUGAACGUAGGCCCCAAAAGGAACAAUGUCCAGUCUUACAUUAAUUGCAUGAUUGAAAAUCAUAUUCUUAAACAAAUCUAUGCUAUAGCAAAUUGCAAUUUUGUACAUUAUUGUAAAUCUUCAGCGGAGGAAGUCGUGGAGUGUGAAUACAGUCUCAAACUACAACCCCAUCCUCAAAACUGGAGUUCAAGUCUAAUGUUCAUACGGUUUGAUAUUUGUUACAUUGUCAUAGGAUCUCAUUCAUUUCAACAAGAAUGUUAUGCAUGAGAUACUUGUCUAUAAAUCAUUGUAAAUACAGUAAGAGAGACUAAUUUAACUCCAGCUGAUUGAGUGUCAUAAACAACAAGAUAUAUAUAUAUAUAUAUAUAUAUAUAUAUAUAUAUAUAUAUAUAUAUAUAUAUAUAUAUAUAUAUAUAUAUAUAUAUAUAUAUAUAUAUAUAUAUAUAUAUAUAACCUAAUGUAUAAAUAAACAGAUGGGCUUAUACCAGGGGUGUCCAAAGUUUUUGACUGGGUUUUUGCGUAUAUAAUUAAUAAUUGGAUAUUAAGAGUUAUGUGAAAGUUUGACCUCAACCUUGUUUACUUCCUUGAAGACCUUCUUAAAGUUUUGUAAUUAAUCAGAAAUAUCAAGCAGCUAAAAUGUGCCAAAAGUGAAUAAGUGUAGAGAUGAUGUUUGUAUUUUUCCCAUCAUGCAUUGCAGGAGUUUAAAUGGGUGUAAUUUAGAUUUUUUUUUUUUAUGUUGUUUUGACAUUUUUCAUAAUAUCCACAAAGUUCAGUGAGCAAGUUGUGUUAAGUGUUAACGUGUGUUGACCUUUGUUAAUAGCAUUUUUUUUUUGCACCAUGACUAGGGUAGGUUGUUUGGAUUGUGUCAUAAAACAAAAUUACGUGCAGCAAUCUUCAAGUACGUUCAAGGGUCAUUGAUUUAAUUUACUCAAAUUGUCCACAAAAUAGCAGCAAAUCUUUAGCAUUCAGAGAGUGAUUGAUAUUUAAAUUUGAAAGCACUCCGCUGUGUGAUGCUUUAUUAAAUUUAUGAUGUCUCCUUAGGCCAUAGUUUGGACACCCCUGGCUUAUACUUAUGUCUCAUAAACGCAGAGAUUAUUUUUGCAAAAUAGACGAACAUCUGCGAUAGAACGUUCCCUCCAGCUGCCAAUGUUAACUGUCAAAAUGUCUCCAUCGACUCAUUUUAAAUCCAUAAUUGCAAGUUAUUUAUCAUUCAAGAAUACUGAAAUGUACCCUUUUUUAAUCCUCUGUGCAGGCAUUAUUCAGUUGUGUUUAUUCUGAGAUUAUUUCAUACACAAGAUAAUUGUCUGGAGGAAAAUGGAAGCGCGAGUUUUGUGAACAAAAAAGAAUGUGAGCAAACUUUGUAAUGUGGCCUUUGUAUCACCCUGACGGAAAGUGUCACAAGGUAAUUAAAUUAUACAGUCAACAAUAUGUUUGCACAGACGAUCAGUAUUUUAGUAACAACAAUGAAAUGUAAAAGACAACAAAACCAACUAAAAAGAUGCAACACCCGGCAAAAAAUGUUGCUUCCUGUUUUUCCCAACUAUUUUAUUGUUAGGUUUUAGCUGCAUAACAUAUUUAAUGAAGACAACUUUAUUCCAUUCCCCGGUUCUACCUCUUAAGAAGCCUUGAGUUUACUGUACUGAUUGUUGCUGUUUUUAAAGUUUUAUCUCGUGUGGUCUUUGCAAGGAUAUAACUCAAGCGACGAUUUGUUUCAGAUCAGUACUAGAAUAAAAAAAAAAAACAGUUCACGAAGAGUUUUGCUGCUGAGCCAGUGGUGUUCGUGUAUGCUCAUGUGUUAAAAGCCUUAAAUCGCACGUCAAUACUAAUGUCAUCUAUGUGCUUACCUCAGAUUGUGUCGGUUCAUAUAUUGUCACCUGGAAGCUUUAUUUCCUCGCAAAACAUAUCAAUGUUUCGACUCACCUGUUUGGGUCAAGUUACUUGGAAUGGAUGCAUGAAUCCUCCAGCGUGUCGUUGAAUAAGCAUCAAGGUGCUGAUGAGGUCAACGUUCGGUCUCCAAUAUAAUCUGAAUUUAACUGUAAACUGAAAAGCUCAUUUCAUCAUCAUGUUACUUUUGAUGUUGUGCAUGAGAUGUCAAGUGAAAAAUGAAAAUCUGUUCAAUGAAUUCUCAAAUGUUGUUUCUUCAAGUGCAGUUUUUGUCCGUUUGCCCUUUCCAAGUUUCACCAGCAGCUUUCCCACGAGGUGAGCCACUGUUACAGUAGAGGCUGUGGAUGUUUGUGUGUUGAAUAAACAUGUCUUGUAAAUGCAA